AUGUUAAUAUUUAUGAUAAUUAUUUGUACUAUUAUAUUUUUCAAUUAUAAUAUUAAUGGAAAUUAUAAUACAAAUAAAAUUGAUAAUUCUUUUUAUGAUUUAAGAAUAAAAAGAGCAAUUCAAAGUAACAUGAAAAAUAAAUGGAAUUUUCCAAUAAAAUAUUAUGUAGAAAAACCUGUAAAUGAGACAACUGUUGAUAAUGCUUUAAAAAUAAUGAUGAGAGAAACUUGUGUUACUUUUAAAAAAAGUCUUGUACCAUUUAAUGAUACACAAGGUUUAAGAUAUUUUCGUGGUAUUGGUUGUUGGUCAAUUACAGGACUUUUUUAUAUAAAUCAUGUUCAAGAUAUAAGUCUUGGUGAAAAAUGUGAUACACUUUAUGGAUCUGUUCAACAUGAAACAUCUCAUGCUCUUGGUUUAUAUCAUGAACAAUCUCGUUUAGAUAGAGAUAAAUAUAUAAAAAUUAUAAAAGAAAAUGUCAAAGAUAAUUUAAUGCUUAAUUUUAAUAAAACAUUUUUUAAAAAUAGUUAUUAUUAUGGAACACAAUAUGAUUUUGGUUCUGGUAUGCAAUAUGGUUUAUAUACUUUUAGUAAAAAUAAGAAACAAACUAUUUUUGCUAAAAAUGAAAUAUAUUCAAAAAUGAUUGGUCAACGAUAUUCGUUAAGUUUCAAUGAUUACAAAUUAAUAAAUAUGUACUAUUGUACAAAAAAAUGUUCAAAAAAUAAGGUUAGAUGUAAAAAUUAUGGUUAUCCACAUCCACAUUAUUGUGGAACUUGUAAAUGUCCAAAUGGGUAUGAGGGAAAAUUUUGUGAUAAAAUUAAAAAAUCAUAUAAAAGUUGUGGUAAAACAAAAUUUAAAUUAAUGAAAAAACCAAUAUUUAUUAAAGGUAAUAGUAAAAAAAUAUGUACCUAUUCUGUAUAUACAAACAGAAAAUAUAAAAUUAAAAUUAAAAUUUUAAAUGUUAAUACUACUUUAUCAUCAAUGUGCUAUGAAAAAUUAGGUUUAGAAGUAAAGUAUCGCUUAGAUAAAGGAGCUGUUGGAGCUUGUUAUUGUGGUUACUAUGAAAAUCAAACUUUAAUUUCUGAAGAUAAUAAAAUAUUAAUACAAUAUACUGGAAAAACACAUUAUAAUUAUUUUAAAAUAAAAGUUGAAAAAGUUUUUAUAAAAAAAUAA